UCCACAUGUUUGCCUGCACUCCCUCGCUUCGUUUGCGCCUACGUCAUCGAAGCCUAGAGCGAAGUGAGAGUGCAGGGCAUAUAUAAAAUCUUCACUCCCCGCUACUCCAUCUCUCCUCCACAACUUCUACAAUCUCACCAAGCUCUACAAUAUGAAGCUCGCAACCCUCGCCCUCAGCGUCUUUGGCCUCGCCAGCCUCACAGGCGCCCAGAACGGUAACGAUGGCAUGAUCCAGGACAACCCCACCGGCCCGGUCGUGACCGAUACCUUCACCACAUCGUACACCAAGCCAGUGAACGCUUGCGUUCCUGUUCUAGUGUCUUCUUCAUAUGUUCGCUCAAACACUUACAUGGCGCCUAUUUUCUCCACGCCUGUGCACGAUUGCACCUCUCUCCCCCUUCCGCCUAUACCUAAUCGCUCAAACACCUGGCUUCGGCCCACCGCCUCCUCCUUCAAGUGCUGGCACAACGGCUACCCGUGUCACCGCUCUCAGCGUUAUGUCACCAUGUUCGCUCGCGCGACGCCGGCGGCUGGCCCAGUCGCUCCUCGCGUCCCUCCACCAGAGUGGUUCAGCACGCGCACCGAUGUUCCGCUUCCAGGCCAUACCAACGCCCCUACCGAGACUGGUGACGAUCGUAUGGGUAUCCUGCCUAUUCCGUACUCGCUCCUCGAAGUCCCUGAGGAGGCUGUGCCCAGCGAGCCUGCGUACUCCGCGCUUCCAAUCCACCACCCAGCGUCCGCGCAGCACAACGACCUGGCCGAUCAUUCUGGCGAUGUCCAUACCUCACUUCCUACUGAACCUCAAGUUGCGGCUCGCGGAGCAGGUGUGCCAGUUGACUGGUGGCGCGGCCCGGGAGAGGAUGUCGUGCCUGAAGCUUCAGGUCCGGUGUUGAGUCAGGAACUGGUCGCCUCUACCACUGCCACCGUCACUGCUGCCUCAUCAGGUCUUCCUGCUGUGGCCGCGGCUCAUCCCACCACGGACCCGUGUUAUCGCCACUACUGUCCCUCGGGCCAGCCGGUCGUGACGCCAGACACAUCGAUGAGCACCUGGACUUAUCCUGAUGUGCCCGCGGGAACUAGCCAUGCGGAUAUACCUCCACUGGUGUCGAUGGCCACCUGAAGUGCGGGUGCGUCAUAGAAGUGUCGCGAAGGCGUUCUGAAAGCAAUGAUCAUGGAACGAUGAAGGACGGAGGAUAAGCAAAAGCAUUCAUGCACUAUCGAGCAGAUAUAGCU